GCCGAUCCGACCUUCAUGGCUGUCAAGCUAGAAGCGAGCUCCUCUAUUUUUUCAACUCGUUUAAGGUGUCUUCUUUUAAUGUAGUUUAAUGUUGUUUAGGUAAAAUCGCCGCGAAUAGGUGUUAAGAAGGCAGAAGAGACAGGCUGAAGGUGUGGUGUGUGAGUGCGAGGAGCAGUGGACAUGUUUACAGGAACACUGCGAAUUAAAAUAUGCGAGGCUACGGGCCUUCGGCCGACGGACUUCAGCAGACGCCAUACAUUCGGCAAAGGAGACGAACUGUUGGACCCUUAUGUCACUGUCGAUGUCGACGACACGCACUUGGCUCGCACGGACAGCAAACCGAAAACUUUUGAUCCCCUUUGGAACGAGUUCUUCGAGCUGCAGGCGCAAAACGCCAAAAUUCUCACGCUCACUGUGUUUCACGAUGCGGCCAUCCCGCCCGACGUCUUCGUCGCCAAUUGCAGCAUUCCCAUGGAGGAUCUGCUCAACAGGGACAAAGACGACGGAGAUUUUUGGGUUAACUUAGAACCAACUGGCCGUCUACACAUUAGAAUAGAUCUAAAAGCUUCAAAUGAAUUCCAAAGUGGAGCAAAGCCGAAAGAGUUCAAGGAGAGAAAGGGCAUCAAUCGGCGAAGGGGGGCCAUGCGAAGACGCGUUCAUCAAGUUAACGGGCACAAAUACAUGGCCACCUUUUUGAGACAACCCACUUUUUGUUCACACUGCAAGGAAUUUAUUUGGGGUAUUGGCAAGCAGGGCUAUCAAUGUCAAGUAUGCACAUGCGUUGUUCACAAGAGAUGUCAUUCCCUUGUGGUUACAAGGUGUCCUGGGAUGAAAGAUGAGUCGAGUUCACAAAGCACGCGGUUCAACGUGAACAUACCGCACAGAUUCGAGGUGCACAACUACAAGCGCUUCACGUUUUGCGACCACUGCGGCUCGCUGCUUUACGGCCUCUAUCGGCAAGGUUUGCAGUGCGAGGUGUGCAACCUAAACGUGCACAAGCGAUGCCAGAAGAACGUCGCCAACAACUGCGGCAUCAACGUGAAACAGAUGGCAGACAUCCUCACCGAGAUUGGAGUCACGCCGGACAAGCAAACGUCGAAAAGGAAGGCCGUUUUAACGGGACCCGGCAGCAACGGAAGCCAGCAGGACAGUCAAAAUGAUAACCAGGCGAGGAACGAAGCCUCCGAUGAGGCUCUCUCCAAAAUGAUGGAGGAGAAAAUGCAAAACAACUGUGGAGAAAGGGGCGCCAGUCAAACCAUCGGAUUGCACGACUUCCACUUUGUAAAGGUUCUGGGCAAGGGAAGUUUCGGCAAGGUGAUGUUGGCGGAGAAAAAGGAUACCGAAGAGGUGUACGCGGUGAAGGUGCUAAAAAAGGACGUGAUAAUACAGGACGACGACGUAGACUGCACUAUGACGGAGAAGCGCAUCUUGGCGCUGGCCGCCAAGCACCCCUUCCUCACCGCUUUGCACUCCUGCUUCCAGACCCGCGACCGCCUCUUCUUCGUCAUGGAGUACGUGAACGGCGGCGAUCUGAUGUUCCAGAUCCAGCGCGCCAAGAAGUUCGACGAGCCGCGCGCGCGCUUCUACGCCGCAGAGGUCACGUUGGCGCUGCAGUUUUUACACAAGCACGGCGUCAUCUAUCGCGAUCUCAAGCUUGACAACAUUCUGCUGGACGCGGAUGGGCACUGCAAACUGGCCGAUUUCGGCAUGUGCAAAGAGGGCAUUCUGGACGGCAUCACCACGGCCACGUUCUGCGGCACGCCGGAUUACAUAGCGCCCGAAAUAUUGCAAGAACUAGAAUAUGGCGCUAGCGUGGACUGGUGGGCGCUGGGCGUGCUGAUGUACGAAAUGAUGGCGGGUCAGCCGCCUUUUGAGGCCGACAACGAGGACGACCUGUUCGAGUCGAUCCUGCACGACGACGUUCUCUAUCCUGUGUGGCUUUCCAAGGAGGCGGUCAGCAUCCUAAAAGGCUUCAUGACCAAAAACAGCAGCAAACGGUUGGGCUGCGUGGUCAGUCAGGGCCAGGAGGCCGCCAUACAGGGGCAUCCCUUCUUCAAGGAGAUCGACUGGACAGCGCUGGAACAGCGCAAGGUCAAGCCGCCGUUCAGGCCUAGAAUCAAGAGUCGCAAAGACGUGGCGAAUUUCGACCAGGAAUUCACUCGAGAAGAUCCGGUGCUGACUCCGGUGAAUCCGGAGGUGCUGCAGUCAAUCAACCAGGAUGAGUUCAGAGGUUUCACCAUUGUAAAUAAGGAUUACAACCCGCACCGCUACACAACCGAAUAAACAAAAACAUACGAAAACAAAACAACAUCAGCUUCAGUUCUUGUUGUUUUGUCUCUCUCUGUCUCUUAGUUUUUGACAUUUUAUGCGAGGCGUAAAUAUAACAAACAGUACCUACUCAUGUUAUGUAUUAUAUAGAGUUUAUUUACCCAAUUUCUUUCUUUGAUUUAUUAAUUAAUACAGGUAAGUUAUUUCUUGGUUGUGUUUGCAAGGAAAAUUUCUUGCCAGAUUACUUACAACACAGAUAUUGGCAAACAGAAUUGUGAAAAAAGCCAAAGAGUUGUAUACUGUAACAAUGAGUUAGAUCUUUGUCUUUCGCUCUGUUCCACGACCCGCAAAAGUAUGUUAAGGUUACCUAGGUAUGUGUAUUAUUUUGAAGAAGUUGUGGAACAGAGCUGCUGGAUGUUUUAUCCAGCUUUAAUCUAGUCACUGUAUGGCCUAUGUAAAUAUCAGAAAAGAUUUAAUCCUAUUUAGGGACAAUGUUAAACUCACUUUGAAAAAAUACACCCACUUAAUUUACUACAAAAAAAUCAUUGAAUUUUUGACAGACUUUUUUUUACCUUUUUUGUCAUUUUCAAUGUCUACCUUUUUUUUGAAAUUAAUAAAAAACGCCGAUUUUUUCAAUUUAUUCUAAUAAAUUGUGGUAAAUUAUAAUAGAGUUUAGCAGAUAUAAUUAAAAUAUGUUAAAAAAUUUAGGGAAA